AUGUCCCAGGACAGUCGUGCUCCUUUGGUCGAAGAUAUGAGAUCUAUCGCAACGGCCACCCAAGCUCAGAUUGAGUCCUCGACACAUCCUAGCUAUGACCACGAAGGUAGCACAGGUAAUGCUCCUGGCUCGAGCCAGUCAAGUGGAAUUUCGGAUAAACGAACAGAAUUUCGUCAACGGGUAGGGAUAAAACCUGAAACUGAUGCGAUUCCUCUCAUGCUGUCCUUCACCUUACAAAGGCCUUGCAUCAAAGACGCAGACGUGAACAAACGACUUCUGCAAUCAUCGCUCAAGCAGCGACUCAAGCUGAACCGGAAAAAUGCUGACAAUUCGUCGGUACAAGAGGUCACGGCCGAGGCGGAGGCAAACUACCAGGAUCUAUGGGUCAGUCUCAGCAAAUUGAUCAAGCCCACAGACGCGGACAAGCAUCCGAGCACGCAGUUGAAAGAUGUCUCGCCAGCAGCGACCAGUGACCAGAAGCCUUCGAGCGAAGAAUCGUUGCUCAAGACAAGGCCAUGA